UCAUCUCGUAUCAUUCCCAACUCAACCCAGCCUUAGCAAUUUCUCCUCUUACAUCCUCAAAAUGUUACCCUUUCCACACCACAAACCACAACAAACGCCCACCCUUAGUGAGCCUCCCGCGUCGUCCCGAAAAAGAAGCCCGCCACUCGCUGCUGCACCGUUGUAAAAUUCCGGCUUAUACCCACUAAACGAGCGUGCGCGUCUCCUUUUGUGGAAUAACCGGGGUGUAGAAGGGACCUGCUCUUGGACUCACAGUUUAUCUGGAGUCUGGGUUAUGACCUCACAGUUUAUCUGGACGUCACGGGUCACCUGUCAGCGAAGCUGGUUAUUCUUUUAGGGCUGCGGUGGUCAAGGGCUUGGGUCUGCAGGUCAGGUACGUACGUGUCUCGGUAUGCUAAAUUAAUCGGUAGCGCGUCUUUCGGUUUGCUUUAGCCAUGGCGUCGGUCGAGGCCUCUGUCGACGCGUCAUUCGAGAUAGAUGAGGUCAAGGCAGUGCUCGGAUGGCAUCACGACGGUGUGCCGCAAUACCUCGCCGAGCCUGACCCCAAGAGUUCAUUUAUUCACUUUACACUACACUUCGAUACGACCCUCGCGCUUUUCGAAAUCUCAAUUCCCAUCAGCUAUAAGCAACACACCAGAACAUCAGCCAUCUGCAUUCGUAUCAACCCCCGAUCUAUCACCUCUCUUACACAAUCCAUCGUACGAGAUCUCCCCGAUGCCGCCAAACCCAUCUUUGGCUUUACAUCUGCAAUCUGUCUUGACUUUGAGCUCAACGAUGCAGUCACUGUCCUCAUUCCAAGCUUCAUCAGCGAGCCAGUCACAGCAGCCCGAAAACGUUCCGGCAUUAUCAUUAACUCGCUCUACGAGUUGACACAGGCAACCUCUCUGCGUAUUUACAUCCCAGAAGAUACACUGUCUCAAGGUCAGCUAGAGUUUCUCAGUACCGCGACUGCACAGCAGAAGCUGCAUCCAUUCUCCGGCCCCGACUAUGAUAUUGCUCGCUGGUUCUGGGGCCGUGGCGCAAAGGUUACAACUCUUCCGGCGCCACCCCCACCUUCAUAUAACAAAGCAACGGCCGACCAAGCGAAUAUACCCUUAUAUAGCGAAUCAAUAACCUUCGAUCCCCCGACCACCUCCCAUAAGCGCAAACGCAGCCAAGACGCCCAUAUUAAAGAGCUACAUGCCAUAAUCGACAAGCUACAAACACAGUCCACACAAUACGAGCAGAAGGCGCUAGAUCGAGAAACCGAGGUUACCAAUCUACGAAUACAACUUGCGCAAUGCGAGAAGAAAGUUCUAGCUCUCGAGACCGAAGUGGCAGCUCUGCGAGACGCCCAAGACAAUGCCGACAACACAGGGAGCGUGGAAAUAAGCGAGAUGCAAGAGAAUAUCCUCGAUCUCGAAGGAAAGAUAGACUAUGUUACAAGAGGGAAAGAUGAUGACGAUUUUGCGCAUAUCCUUAAGGAAGAUAUACUUAACGAACUCAUUGUGCGGAUAUCGCGUGGUUGA